AUCAAACAACUACAAGAUAUAUCUAAGUUUCAUAUCUAGUUUAAGAUAAUGAAACAGUAUUGAAGGCACGACGCUGUUUUUUUAGAAGGAUAUCCGUUUCAAACAGUCGAAGAAGAUGAUUGACGCGCUUGACUUGUUUUGCUUAAACUUUUUUCUUCUUUGUGGAGUGGCCAGUGUUGAGACAGAGAUCCGCCUGUCAGUGAUGGAGGGAGAUUCGUUAACUCUCCGCACCGGUUUAACUGAAUUACAGCGCGAUGACGAGGUCGAGUGGCGGUUUGGAACGAGCAGAAUUUCCACAAUAACGGCGGGAAAUAUCACAAACGAUGACGAGACGUUUAAAGAUAGACUGCAGCUCGAAGAACAGACUGGUGACAUCACCGUCACAAACGUCAGUCAUGAACACAGUGGAGUUUAUCAGCUGAGUAUCAUUAUCAGAAACAAGAAAUCAAACAAGCGAUUCACAGUCACUGUUUUUGCUCAUUUGCCCAUACCUGUGAUCUUCUCGGACUCUUCAAAGUGCUCUUCGUCUCCUGAAAGAUCGUCAAGGAUCCUACUGUGUUCAGUGUUGAAUGUGAGUGCUGUGAGUCUCUCCUGGUACAAGGGAAACGGUGUAUUGUCCAGCAUUAGUGUGUCUGAUUUCAGCGUCAGUCUCUCUCUACCACUGGAGGUGGAAAAUCAGAAUAAAAACACCUACAGCUGUGUGGUCAACAAUCCCAUCAGAAAUCAGACCACUCACCUGGACAUCAGUCAACUCUGUCACGCAUGUUCAGACUGCAACCUUUGUUUUGACUCUGCUGAAGCUGUGGUUCGAUUGAUCAUCACUGCUGUGGUGGGUGUGGCCGCAGUCACUGCUGUUGUUCUUCUGGCUAAUGACAUCAGAACAGUUGUAAAAGAACAGACAAUCAAACCAUAA